AUGUAGUAUUUAUAUCUUAUAAUAUUGGCUUGUUUGUGUCUAUACUUAUGCAUAAUGUGGUGAAACCGUCCUAUGUCAAGCACCAGAUAUCAGUAAUAACAUGCAAGAACUUAUUAUGUACUUUAUUUAAUAAUAUGCAAGUAGCUUGAUGUAGAACGAGCUCAUCAGCUCAACGAGCGUUAAUUUUAUAUUAAUAUUAAAUGCCUGUGUAUGUUCGGGAGCGUAGUGUAAUUUUAUUCAUAAACAUCUUAAUUUGCUACAUUAUUGAAUAUUCGCAAAAAAUAUUAUAAAACGUGUAUGUUUCAUUGCAUGGCGCUUAGAUUUUUAAUAAUUAUCACGACCCAACUUUAAUUUUGAUUUUUAAUCAGCGCCCAUGAUCAUUACUGGAUGACAAAGUGUAAAUCGGUUCAAAUCCGAGUAUUCUUCUUCUUAUGGGUACGAACUCUACAGAGAGCCAUCAAUAUAGUAAUUUUCCGUUUCCCAGUUCAUAAUGGACAGAUCAGACAUGGUGAGCAUUUGUUUGAAGCAACGGUUGAUCACCAUCAUUUAUUCGACAUCAUUAGUUCGUUCGUUCAUCAUUCUGCAUAACUUUCGUUUGGACAUCACUAUCGUGUGAAUUCCAAAACGUAUCCUUGUUGAUGCAACCUUGUUUACUAACAAAGCUUAUCAAUAUCUGAUACUUUUGCCAAUGUGGAGCUUUUAACUUUGUCUCAAGUUUUUGGAACUGUCUCUCCCUCUCAAAUCUUUGAGCUCUUGAGCGAUAGCAACAGAUGGACCCGAAAUUACUAAAGCAGCGUUAGGGAAUAUCCCCGCUGACUCCAUCCGAGAUUGCAAGCAAAAAUACUAAUGCAUGUCGUUUCUCUUUUCAGCAGACAGCUACCAAUACCAGCUGCAAUCCAUGUGGCAGAAGUGCUGGAACACCAACCAGAGUUUGGUCCACAACCUGCGUUUCCGCGAGCGCGGCCCGCUGAAGUCCUGGCGCCCAGAGACCAUGGCCGAGGCCAUCUUCUCUGUGCUGAAAGAGGGACUCUCGCUGUCCCAGGCUGCUAGGAAGUACGACAUCCCGUACCCGACCUUCGUGCUGUAUGCCAACCGCGUCCACAACAUGCUGGGGCCCAGCGCCGAUGGUGGUGCAGAUUUGAGGCCGAAGGGGCGCGGGCGGCCGCAGCGCAUCCUGCUGGGCGUGUGGCCCGACGAGCACAUCCGCGGCGUCAUCCGCGCCGUGGUGUUCCGCGACACGCACGCGCCGCACGCCUCGCACCACAUCAAGGAGGAAGUGCUCCCCUACCCCUCGAUCACGGACGGCAUGAACGUGCCCAACGCGUACGGCAACGUCGCGUGCGGCAACGGACGCGAGGGCGGCGUGUCGCCGAACGCCGCCGCCGCCGCCGCCGUCGCCGCCGUGGCGCACGGGCUGCGCCGUCAGAUGUGCAACAUGGUGGUGGCGGCGCAGCGCCCGCCCGACCACCCGCCGCACCUGGGCCUGCCGCCGCUGCCGCUGCAGUCGCCGCGGCUGCCGUCGCCGCUCUCCGCCGGCCUGGAGUCGCCGCUCUGCUCGCCGCCGCCGCCCGGCCACGCUCUCGAGCCGCCGAAGCCCGCCGACCCGUUCCGCCCCUUCGCCUCCCCCCGCCCCGACAGCCGCUACGGUGAGCGCGACGUCGUCGCCGAGAUGACCGAGAUGGGCCCGCCCAAGACGCCGGUGUCGGUGGCCAAGAACGGCAAGGAGAUGUCGUCGCCGGUGCCGGUGAAGAUGGAGCCGCCGCCGGCGGAGGCGCGCGCCGAGAACAUCUGAAGCGAGGCCGCGGGCGUGGCGCUGGCGCCCGGCGUGCCCGCGCACGCGCCGCACGCGCUGGCCCACGCGCCGCACGCGCCGCUCGCCGCGCCCGCGCCGCCGAUGCCCGCCUACCCCUACUUCGUGCCCAACCGCAACUCCGUCGGCUACUUCUGAGCCGGCAGCGGACGACGGGUGAAUGAAUGUAUUUAUUUACCUAAUUAUCAUAAUUUCUAUUGGCAUUAUUUUAUUCAUAUUUAAUUAUUUAAAGUGGACUCGCUGUGCAAUAAAAUGCUUGUUGUUUAGUUAUCAGUUUUGUAUGAUUAUAAAAGAAUAUUUUUAAUUUAAUUAUUAUAUUUUUUGUAUACAUUGACGUUUAUGUAUGUGUGCCGAGAGCACGUGGGAGUAUUUUGUUAGUAGCGUAAGCGUAGGCGCGGAGCGCGGGCCCGGCGUCGGCGAGCCCGGCGGCGCCGGCGGCGUGCCGGCGGCGUGCCCGGCGCUCCGGCGCGUAGCAUGUCAAACAUAAUGUAAGCUUAUAUUAUACAUCUUAGAUCCAUCUGUGAACGUAGGGAUAUCAAAAUUAAAACAUUUGGCCCGAUUCAAAAGACUGUUCGGUAUACCUAUUCAUUGUAAUUCAGCAAAUUAUUCGUGUAAGACAAGAUAGUCUAGAUGUUAAAAUAGAUGUCUAUCGUUUUAUUUGUCGUCAAAUCGAUGUCAAUUUCUCUACUAGCGGUAAUAGUGGAUGUUGCUUGCGCGCCACGCCUCUAGUUCACGACCGGCAGCGUUCACGUACGAGUAGACUUAGUGGUCGCCAAAUGUAAUAUAGAUUGUAUCAUUAGCCAGUAGUGAUUGUUCCAAAUGUUAGGUUAACUUAGAUCGAGACUCGCCCGCCCUCUCGUUAACGCCCGCUUGCACGCGCUGCGGCGCCCUCAUGCAGUAACCACUUGAUCAAAUUUAGAUUAUCGGUAAACAAAAUAUUAGUUCGGUGUCUAAACUAGAUUAUAUUAUUCAUCAAAGUAUAGUUAUAUUAUCUCAUUCAGUGUUAGUAAUAAGGGACAUAUUAUAAACUAAAUGGAUGUUCAUCGUCUUUUAUUUAGGCUCGCCUGAACCUAUGUGUCUAUGUUGUAAAUAAGUACUGUCUUCUUGUCGGACGGACGUGCAUCCUCGCAUGCUAUUUUCUUGUCUCUUCAUGACUAUUCAGAUAAUUCGUAGCUUCAGAUCAUACCACCGGGAGCAGACGAAAAAGUUGAACAACUUUUUUCCGGAAAAAAGUUUAAUGGCAGCUUCUGAUUUUCCGUAAGCUAUUCGAGUUGCAUUUGGAAAGUUCAGUUUCCUCAGUUAAUGUUGGAGGGAUAACCGGCGGGUCCAUAAUAGGUUUAGUAGCACUAAAAUCGCCAAGCAUUGAACGUACAUCGUUGGAGAGUCUGCUAACCACUACCGUAGCUAGAAUACUUCGGCGUAGAUAGAUGUAACUACGACGGCACCGGGCUGCGGCCUGCAGGUGUUGUACAAAUUUGUUUUAAACUUCCCGAUUGUUUCGUUACUAGUUUCGGCAGGAAAUUCUCGUUAGGACGGCCUUCUUGCCGCAAGGGUAUACCAUUAGAGUGUUGGCGGACCUUCUCGGCGACCCGGGGGAGCCCUGUCGUCGCAACUCGCUCGCGAAUGAUUUUAAAAUAAGUCUCCAAGUGGCCUUGAUACUUCACUAUUAUUUGGUAUUUGGAUUAUCCGUUUCGGUUCAAGUUUGGAAUUAGUGUAUAAAAAAGACCAAAUUAUUAAAAAAAAAAUAACAUUUGCAUUCAGAUCUAGUGUUGAAACUAUUUGGCUAUCCUUUUGGAAUUAAAGUUAAUAUAGGGUGAGGAAAAUUAAAUUUAAAAAAAAGUUAUAUAUUGGCCUAUACGUUUCGGAAAGAAUUGCGUAAUUUUGGUAAAUGUUACUACGCAUAUUUUCUAUUGUAUAAGUCUAGGCUAAUGUGUUCAAAAAAAGUAAUUUAAAAUUUAAAAUUUUUGAAAAAAGUAGAAAGUGCCUUCCAAAUUUUUGACCACAGUAAGUGUUGGGAUGGGCGCGGCGACGAUGGCACGCGCGGGGCCCCGCGCCCGCGCCCGCGCCGUCGAGCGUGCUUAACUAUAAAACGUUAGAAUAAUGAAAAUUCAAAAUUAUUAUAUAAAAAAUUAAAUACAUAUGACUAUAUAUAGGAAAAAAUAUACAUAAAAUUAUAUAUUUGGCCGAUGUGGUUAUACCCUGACAGGCAAGCGUUAGCUGUGUAUUCGGCGUCAAAAUUGAUUAUCUAUUAUUUUCCCAGUGACUAAUAAAUCCAUUACAAUGCGACGUGCAAAGUGCCAUUAAGUUUGAACUGAAUUACGUGCGGUUCAUUUUGUAUCACACCGUGGAUUUCGUAGUUAUAAUUAAACAAUUAAUUAUUAAUUUAUUGUAUCGAAGAAUAUACAUUUCGGACUACAUAAUUAAGUACCUAUGUUAUUUUCGUGAUAGUUAAGGAAUGGACUUGUAGUAUUAUACCUAUACACCUACAGAGGCGGUUUCGGUUGAUAAUUUAUGUAAUAGAUUUUAAUUUAUGAUUUUAUAGUUUUUGAAUCACUGGCGACUCGCACUUGUGUUUAUUACUGCAUGACAAUUUCAUAGGUAUCUCUUUAGUUUUGCUAUGUGAUAAAAUGUUUGUAUUGUGUAUAAGAACAAUAUUUUUUUCUCAAAAUAUCCUUAUAGUUACUGUAAACCGUAUUUAUUUAUUUUUUGUAGAGUAAAGUCUUACCGCCGCGUUGGGCUCAAAGUAAAUGUAAUUAUGAUACCUACCUUCGAAAGACAUCUCGUGUACCAAAUAAUCUUCUUUUUUCAAAAGUAUUAAUUAUUCUGUGUAAUGACAAGUGACUGUUUAGUUAAUAAGAUUAAGCGCAUAGCCGUACGGUAGGUAUCAGCUAAGGUAUAAUAAUACCGUCGCUUAUGGCUCUAUGGAUAUACUUUUAAUUGCAUAUCAUUAGCAUUGAAACUCGUUUUAUUUGUUGAAUAAAACGGAACGUUCGUUGUUGUUACCAUCGCGUAGGUCAAUUUUAGUUUGAAGACUUAUUUUUGUGAUGUCUAACGAUUUGUAAUUGUUUUUCAUUUGUUUUGCCCACUUGCUUAUGAGUACCCCCUAUGUAUGUACCCUACGCCCUGGUAACAAUAACGAUUUAACCAAAUUCAUGUUUCCAUGAAAUGUUUAGUUCAUCACAUGUAAAUUAUAGUAACUAAUCAACUAAUCGUUAAUAAUUACCUAAUUAUGAUUAUGUUACUGAUUCUUAUUGUUGUUAAGAUGUAUGUCUUAUUUUCCGUACCCUGUGUUCCUGUAUAUGUGUAAUUGUAUGACAUUAAAACACUUAUUUUCUGUUAAUGUAAGCAGACGUAUAUUACAUAAUUAAUCGCGUAGUUGUUUGUAUGGACAAACGUUAUCUAAAUAAUUUGUAUGAUUUCUCGAGUUUUAUGUCUGUCGGAGACCUUUUGCGCGACUGCAUUUUUUAAAGGGAUAGGUUAGUUGUCGCGCAUAAAAUAAGAUAUUAAAUAACAUACAAAUUAGAUGAUGACGGUUUGUCCAGUCAAUUUAGUUACGCAAUAUCAGUGUUUAUGUCAAGUACAAUAUUAUCGAAAUUGGUGUGUUUCUGUAAUUAUCUAAAUGCAUGUAGAUGACAAUACCCGAUAAAACAUAAAGAUGUUAAAUGUCUAUCCAUCUGAUAGCUGUAGUCAGUCUCAACAGAAUUCGGUAAUAUUUAAGUUCGUUAUUGUCACAGUGUACCGUUGUCUGA